AUGUUGAGACGGACUAUCAUGAGUUCAAAUUUGAAUAAGAGUGGGAUAGUUGACGUUCCCCGUAAUAGGAGCAUCACGGGUCCAAUUGCCAAUGAGAUCAAAUCCAAGAUCUAUGAAGGAAUCAAUGGGAUCGACAUAUUCGAAAUAGCUAACGAAUCGUACAAACAUGCUGGACAUUACCAAGUGAAAAUUAGUGGUACGAACGAAUAUGAGUCCCAUUUCAAACUAAUGAUAAUAAGCAAUGAAUUUGACGGAAUGACGUUAAUGAAGAGACACAGAAGAGUGUUCACGAUACUAAAGGAUACAAUUGACAAAAUCCAUUCCAUACAAAUAGACGCAAGAACCGUUCCAGAACACAGAAAACUUCAAGCCAAAAGCACAUAA